AUGACGGAGACACAAGAUGGUCCCAUCGUGUUUCCCAAGAGCGAUGCUCUUGUCAGUGCAAACAAUGCCUUACCAAACAUCUCCAAGAUUGCUGUGAUUGGGAGUGGACCUUGUGGUGCUGCAAUCACUAAGGCAUUAUUGGCGGAGAAGAAGUUCACCAAGAUUGAUGUCUUUGAGCGUCGCCCAACUCUUGGAGGACUUUGGAACUACACACCACUGAAGACCCAGAUUGACCCAACUUCGCCAGUGCCAAGUGUUGAUCCAAAUAGGGUGAUUGAGAAGGUCAAGGUGUCAUCUGAAGAGUUCUAUGAGAGUCCUGUGUACAAGUUCCUCGAUGCUAACGUCCCCAAGACGUUGAUGGCUUACAAUGACAACCCGUUCCCUGCAGACGAUGCGCUGUUUCCAACUCAUGAGCAGAUAUUGAAGUACAUUGUAGGUUACUCGAAGGACAUUGAGGAUUAUGUGCAGUUCAACACUUCUGUGACUGAGCUCGUCCCUGAUGGAGAAGGGUGGGCUCUGACGUCCCAAAGCUCCAUCACUGGUGAGGUGAAGACAGGGAAGUAUGAUGCUGUUUGCAUUGCAGUUGGUAAUUAUGAUCAGCCUUUCAUCCCCGAGGUUGAAGGGUUGAGAGACUGGAAUACCAAGUAUCCAGGCUCAGUUAUUCACGCAAAGUCAUACGAUGAACCUGACCAGUUCAAGGAGUCUCGCAACAUCCUUGUUGUUGGUAACUCUGCGUCUGGUGCAGAUAUUGCAUUCCAAUUGGCUUCAUAUUUGAACAGAACCAUUUAUAAAUCUGUUCGUUCUGAGAAUACGCUUCCUGCUGGUAAGUCUGAUUUGAUCAAAGAUGUUCCCGACCUGGACCACUUUGACGCUGAGAACAAGACUGUUUACUUCAAGGAUGGCUCAUCAAUUGACAAGGUUGACUCUGUGAUCUUCUGCACUGGCUAUCUGAAGUCAAUCCCCUUUCUUAAAAGCCCUCAUUUGAUCACUGACGGCCAAAAGAUCCACGACUUGUUCAGACACCUUAUCUAUAUCAAGAACCCAACAUUGGCCGUCAUUGGUCUUCCAAGAUUUGUCCUGCCUACAAGAAUAUCAGAGUCUCAAGGGUGUUGGUUGGCCCGUGUCUGGGCUGGUGAGAUUUCACUACCAAGUUUGAAGGACAUGCAAAAGGCCAACGCUGAAACAGAAGGUGACGAGAGAACACACCACGAUCUAAAGUAUCCCAAAGAUAUUGAAUAUGCCAACAAUCUUAAUGCUGAGUCGAGAGCUGCUACUGGAGAUAGGGGGUACCAAGCUGUUGAAUGGGAUACAGAACAGUGUAAAGUCAGAGCAAGUAUUAAGCCAUUAAAGGAGGCGUACAUCAAAUAUUUAUCUGAAACACAUAAAAGGGCAAAGACCAUAGAAGAGUUAGAGAAGGCAGGCUAUUUCAAGUUCCCUGAGACUUUUUGA